UCAGUCACGCACAUGCCACUUCUCUGCCACGUCUCGGGUCAGCAACCCACCAGAUCUCUGCUCGGCCAUGGAGACGUCUGGGGUAACCCAGUCAAACUGACAGAACCUCGGAUGGGGAAAAGUGGUGUCACUUCGCAGUGUAUAAUGCUUGGAGUGUGGGGGGCUGGGAGUCAGGACUCCUGGGUUCUAUCCAUGGCUUGGGGAGGGGAAUGGGGUCUAGUGGUUAGGGUGGGCUGUCUGCGGGGAUGGUGGUUGGGGGGGGUGUUUGUGCCCAUCUCUCAUUGCAUCUCCCCUUGCUCGCCCCCUGCAGGCAGCAAUCUGCGUUGCAGACAAUGCUCCCUGAACGAGCCCUACAUCGGUUGCCUCCCCGGAGUCUCUGAGUGCACCCCUAAGGCCGGGCAUCCAUGCAUGACUGUCAACAUCAGCUAUAGAGGUGAGGUGCAGUUCCUCCUCCAGGGCUGCAUCAUGAAUCCCAGCCGCUGCGGGAUGGUGAAGGAGUUGAUGGUCCCCGAGUACCACAUCAACAUCACCUGCUGCUCCCACACCUCCUUCUGCAACGAGUGGGUCCCGCUGCCCCCUGGCAAGGGAGGGCACUGAGUCUGGCCUGCCGCCUGCCACCCUCCUCCGUCCCUGCCUGUCCUCAGUCCUGGUCCCCAUCCCUCCUCCCCCUCCCGCAGUUCUCCAGCCAUCUUCUUCCCUCCUUUCUUCU